AUGAAACUGCUUCUGGCAUUCUGUCUGAUCCUUUGUGCUUCAGUUCAGAAUAUCUCGGGAUCGUCGAAAUGUACAAAUGGCUACCCGGACCGCUGUGAACAAGCUUGUGGUUGCCCAAUUUACAGUAUCGAUUCUGAAUACAUCAAAGCACAUGAUAAGGAAUAUUAUGAUUGGACAAAAGACAUGGAGCGUAAUGCCUUGUCAAACUUAACAUGGCCUGAAGAUAGUUGCAUUCCGUAUAGAGUGAAAUGUAGAAGACAAGAUGUCUGGGGAUGGACAGAUUGGACCUACAUAAUGGAGAAUAACAAAGUCAAUAUUAAUCUUCUUACCAAGGACAUUCGAAUCAUGGACAGAAAAUGUGACACCAAAACAGGGCGCUGGUCGAAUGUGAAAGAGAAUGGAGAUCUUGAAGGAAUGCACUACACUUGUGUCACUCCAGUGUUUGAUGAAACCACGGAUCUUAAUAGACACUGA